UUGCUGCCCGGCAAGUGUCAGAUUGGCAGGUUUAUUUCUUUUGCUCUUGCUUACGCAAAAAGGCGCCGCGUAGCAUGCUGAUUAAUUGACAACAGAGCAAGUGAAGCAAACUCAAAAUCAUUAAAUAAAACAUUAAUCGAUUGAGUUGAACAAUUAAUAAAUACAAUAAGCGACAUUUUCGGCUAAAAUAGCAACCAAAAUACAGCGUCUUUGAGCAUCUCAUAAACUUUGGAACGAAUGUUGCGCAAUUCGUUGCUCUGCCCGCGUGCUCAAUACUCAAUAACAACAUUAUCACCAGCAGCAGCAGAAGCAGCAGCAGCAGAAGUAGCAGCAGCAGUAGCAGCAGCAGAAGUAGCAGCAGUAGCACAGCAACAAUCACGCCAUCGAACAAACACUGAUUAUUGAAAUCGCCGCAACACAAACAAACAACAUGAAAAAACGUUCCAAUUCACGAGGCACGCCAACCGCAGGCGAUGCCGAGGAGGAACAGGAGCGCACUGGUGACUCCAACAUCGCAUCCGCAAAGUACAAAUCGGGGGCAGCGAGUGCACCAGCAACGCCAACGAAACACAGCGACAAUAGCAACAACCGGCGCAAAGAGGAAAUCGCAAAGACUUUCGUAAUUGUCAACGAGCGGCCAGUGGAUGACAUUUCCUUGGAUUUCUUCUACAAGCCGCACACAAUCACCUUGCUGGCCGUUUCCAUACUCUGCGGAAUGUAUUUCGCCUUCGUCAGAAACGAGGCGAAUUUGGAUGAUAAUCUGUGGGCGGGACUGUUAUGCAUAGUCUUCUUCUUUCUGAUCGUUUCGGUUAUCGCCUUUCCAAAUGGACCAUUCACCCGACCGCAUCCGGCAGUUUGGCGCAUCCUGUUUGGCUGUUCCGUAUUGUAUUUGCUCCUGCUGCAGUUCCUCAUGUUCCAAAACUAUUCAACCAUACGUAGCAUGUUCUAUUGGCUCGAUCCGAAGCUAAGGAACUUUCACAUAGACAUGGAGAAGGAAUACGGUGUGAAUUGUUCGGACAUUAGCUGGGAUCGGGUCAAGGGUCAUUUGGAUGUGUUCGCCUGGGGCCAUUUUCUGGGCUGGGCCUUCAAGGCAAUACUUAUACGCCACAUGGGCAUCCUUUGGGCCAUCUCAGUGAUGUGGGAAAUAACGGAGAUCACAUUUGCCCAUCUGUUGCCCAAUUUCAUUGAGUGCUGGUGGGACGCCCUCAUCCUCGAUGUGAUCAUCUGCAAUGGCCUCGGUAUUUGGGUGGGCCUCAAGAUCUGCCAGAUACUCGAGAUGCGUGAAUACAAAUGGGCCAGCAUUAAGGAUAUCUCAACAACGACGGGCAAAAUCAAGCGUGCCAUGCUACAAUUUACGCCCGAGAGUUGGUCAGCGAUCCGUUGGCUGGAUCCCAAAUCGACGGCCAUGCGUUUCGCAGCCGUCAUCCAAUUGGUCAUAUUCUGGCAGGUCACCGAACUGAACACGUUCUUCUUGAAGCACAUUUUCGAGAUGCCGCCCGAUCAUUUCAUUGUCAUUGGUCGUCUAAUAUUCAUUGGUCUGUUUGUGGCGCCCUCAGUUAGGCAAUAUUAUGUAUAUGUGACCGAUACGCGCUGCAAACGCGUCGGCACCCAAUGUUGGGUUUACGGCGCCAUUAUGGUCUCCGAAGCCAUCCUUUGCAUUAAGAAUGGCAAGGAGUUGUUUGAGCGCACGCAAGCCAUCAACAUUGUGAUCUGGCUGACCAUACAGGUGUUAAUAUCGGUGUCCUUCGUCUACGUGGCCGUCUACUGGCAGCAACUUAAGCGGAAGGACGAUGUUUCACCCACACCCACGCAAAAUAAACGACAAUUGGACAGUGCGCAGAAUACACCAACAAAAGGUAAUGUGUCGCCAACAAAAGAGAAGAAAUUCGAAUGAGGCCAUGUUUUAGUAAGCCAAAAAGAAAUACCUAAACUAUAAACACAAAAUCAAAUAAAGGGGGCGUUUCUAUUAAAAAACAAAAACAAAAAUAUGUACAUACACUUUAUGCAAAAACUGUACUGAUUAAAUUAAAUUUAUAUAUUGUAUGUAUUGUAUGUGUAUAAAUGAUAUUAAAAACCAACGAAAAUUUGUUAAUAAGCAAUCGUGUGUAGCAAAAAAACAAAUGAAAAGAGAAAGACAUCUAAGCUCUAAAACUAGAUUAGUACAUUUUUUAAUAAUUGCCCAUUUAAGAAACUUAAGAGCUACAUAAGUAAAUCAUUAAUAAUACAUACUAUUACAUUGAUAGCAUUACAAUUUCAUCAACUGAAUAUACAUAUAUAUUUAUAUAUAUAACUAAAAAGUUCUGUACAAAAACAAAACACACUAGCUAAACCUCAAAGCAUGCGGAAACUGUGUUUCUGACCGCAUCUCGUGCAUAGGGUAUGUAAGAGAGCGAAUACCAAGUCAUGGCCAGGCUUUGUAUGAUUAUGAAUAUAAGUGUGAGGCCGGCUUUUUUUAACUAUAAAAAUAAAACAAAACAAAACA